GAUGACGCAUACCAGCAGCAACAGUCUGCUGCAGAAGGUUAACUCGUUGCGUGCGCGCAUAUACGCUGCCAGUUGCUAUACCAAGCGCCACAGCGUCACAGCGUACGACCGCCGCGGUUGCAGUGCGAAUGCUGAGUGCGCAAGCAGAAGACGUGACUUUGAAGUAGCCAGCAAGCAGCUGAAGAUUUUGCAAGCGCCAAGUGGCAUAAGUGAAGGUGUAACAACAACAACAGCAACAACGCUCCACAAGGACUGCGGACAGCCUCGAAACAAUACACAACAGCAACAGCAACUUGUAUGCGCUGGAAACGACACGACAAAAGCAGGCAGCAAGGCUUUUAGCGAGCAGCGAGUGCUGCUCAAUGAGUUUGUGUUGCUUGCCGUCUCUACGUUUGACGAGUGCGUGCGUGUGUGUGAGCACAUUGCUUCCGAAAGCUUCAACGCGCUGUUGGUUAUGUGCAUGCUAAUCGGAGCAAAUGCGACGAGUGCGAGUGCGAGAGCAGCGUGUGCGCACGCAAUGCUUGCAGGAUGUCGCUCUUUGCAGUCGAAUAGAGCAGCUGUCGUGCUGGUAGUGUGUGUGGUGAAUUUGCAAGUGUCAAAAGUGGCGAAAGAUAAAAGCAGUGACAAUUACAGUUAUAUGAAACAAAAACAACAACAACACAAACAACAGCAAUGUGCAUGUGCAAUGAGAGGCAGCUGAAAAAACGUGUUGAGAGAUGAGAGAGAGUGCGAAUGGGCGAAAGCAAAAAGCUGAAUAGCAACAAUAACAACAUAAGAAGCAAUAAAGUAAGCAUAUGCAAAUUAAAGAAAGCAAAAAAGUUGACGUAAAACGUGAAAACGUGAAAAUAAAUGAAAAUAAAAUGAAAAUUAUGGCCAAAGCACAGUAUUGUGCAGGUGAAAGAGAUAUCAAGAAAUACAAUAGUGUGGUGAAUGUGCGAAAAAAAAUGGAAAAAUUGAAAAAAAUGGUGAAAUGUGAAAAAUUAGUAAAUAAAUGCAAAUAUGUGGUAAAAAAGUGAAAAGUUAGUAAAUAAAUGAAAAUAAAUAGUAAAUAUAUUCAAAAAUACUAAAAUGGAAUAUAAAUUGCAAGCAUAUAGUGCAGCAAGUUGCAAAUUUUAUGUUAAGAAGUGAAGUGAACGUCGAGAAUAAAUAUAAAAAAUAUAUAAAAAAAAUUAAACUUGUUAACAAAAAAAUAAAUAUAUAUAAAAAUUAUAAGCAAAAAAACUUGGUGAGACAAUAAUUGACGGCCAAGUGUAAGCAGUGAAAACUAGCUGAAAAAUAUUAAAAAAAUAUAAUAAAAAUUUAAAAUAAAUACAAGAAUACUAAGCAACACUUGGCAUCACAAUAAUUGCUUGCCAAGUCUGAGCAGUGCACAGCUUGUUUGAAAGAAAAUAAAAAAAAAAAAUCUAAAGUAUAUUAUAAAAAAAUAAUAAACAACACGGCAUAAAUUUGAACAAAAACAGCGAUUUUUCUUACAACACACGGCAAUUGGCGCAACUGCUGCUACUGCUACUCUUAACCUAACUAUUUAAACCGCUGUCCAUACCAAAGAAAGCAAAUUAAACUAUAAUGAACACAUCGAAAAACCAGCAAGAACAAGCAGCAACCAGGUGAAACACUGAGCGUCGGCCAAAAAUAACUAUUAUAUCCAAUAAUAUUUACAAAAAUAUACGCCAAACUCAACAAAAAGCUGCGGCAAGCAUUUGAAAAAAUUUUGAAAAAUAUUUUUGAAAAAUUGUUGGCCCUCAAACAUAGCGCAAAGAGAGUGAAAAGCGUUAAAAAUUCAACAAACAAAUUUUGAAAAAUAUUUUUGAAAAAAUGUAUGGGCAACAAACACUGCUCGAAUAAAGCAAAGAGAGUGAAAACCGUCAAAAUUGGCAUUGGAUUUCGCAGUUAGCACAAGAACUUGCAGAAAAUUUCAAAAAGAAUCAAGAACCAAAAACCAUAAACCACACAAGCUUUUCGCUUAUUUCGCAACGCCAACUUUUCGCUAAUCCUGCAAGUGCUUGUACGGCCGCAAAGAAAGUACAAACAACAGCAGCUAGACACGGCAACGGCCUACGGCCGCAGUUAGCAAACGUUAGCCAACGUCUUGUAGUUGGUUGUCGCCGAGUUGUGUGGUAAAUAUUAAAUUUACAAAAUCAGGAAACGUGCCAGUCAACGGGCAGUGCAUACCGUUGUUCAGCUGCUCGUUGAGCGCGACAGUUCGUUAAACAUUGUUGCAUUGGCUGGACGCCGAGCGGUGACAGUUGACGCUGUAUCGUUGUACGACACGUCCGUUAUGCCAGCGCACGGUGGCAGGAGGAAGUGAAGUCGGAAGGAAAUAAGGCAGGAAAGUAACACUUUGCAUAGCAAAGGCAGGUAAUACAUGGCAGGACAACUUCAUGCACAACAACAACGACAAAAACACUGAGAGUGCAGCAAAAAGACGACGUUUGCAAAAAUAACUGCAAAUAACUGUAAACUGAGCAACAAAAAGAAAAACAAACAAACAAACAACAAGCGCAACUGCACACUUGUGAGUCAUGCGAAGGUAAGCGCUGCUGCAAAUAAAAAAUACAACAAAAGCAACAACAACAAGUAAGACAAACCUGAACAGUGGUUGUUAUUGCAAUGUGCUUGUGUGUGAACUGCAAUAACAACGCUUGCAAUAAUUAAAUGCUGCAAGUAAGCGCCAGCGCUGCUAGUUUUAUGACGACAGUGUAGCGCGCUAAGCGUGCAUGCAACAAAUUUCGCACACAAAGGGCGAAAAAGCGAAAAAGAAACUACUUUCGAAAGUUAAACGCCAAAUGAAAACUUUCAGCAGCCAAGUGUCGCCGUCACAAGUUGGAGAAGUUUCAGUUGGAAGUAGUAAUAAUAAUAAUAACAACAACAACAACCUUUAAGCAUGAAUACAGCAGAGAUUUCUGCUGAAUUUGUGGCAAAGUGUGCUGUUAUAGCGGUAGUUGUGAAAAAUGUAAAUAUGAAAAAGUUACAAAAACAAUGCAACAGCAACAAAAAUGUAUAAAAAUUAAUGAAACUAAAAAAAGUAUUGUGUGAAAAUUAUUUUUGCAAUUACUAAUGCUUUGCUAAUAAAUACAAAAAAAUUAAAACGGGAUAUUAUAAAUUGAAAGUGUAAUAAAUAUAUAAAUAGAACACACGGAAAAUAGCAAAUCACAGAAGUCAAGUCACGUUUUGAUAGAAAAAAUAAGUGCGUCCUGUAAUGCGCCUUGGGGGCGGCUUACCAUACGACGGCGACCCCCCGACAAUGAGCGCAGCUGGCAAUGAUUAUGCAGAAUUAUGCGAUCUUGGACCCUCACGAUGGAGUUCGCGUGGCUAUUAUUAUGCACCACCCGCACAUGCGACCGCAUUACAUCCUAGUGCCGCGACCGGCCUACAACAACCGCAAUCCUCAUCCAGCGUACCGACGGGCAGUUCGGCCGGUCUCAGUGCGCAUCCGUUGCGCACACCGAGCAGUUACGAGGCGGAAGACGUUUCCUUUGGCAUGAUUAGUCCACCGCCGGGUGUGAUCGGUCCGUCGUCGGUUGGUCUUAGCGGUACGUACGGCAUCGGUUCGCGUAUUGGCAAUAGUACGAGUUCGUUACGUGGCGGCCGUUCGGGUCUUUAUUACUCACCGCCCGGUACGUCAUACACAAUUGUGGAACGACCACAUUCGCCGCAUUACUAUUACAAUACGGCCGGUGCACCAACGAAGGGUGGCUCAUUGCCGGGACGCGGUUCGUCAUAUCUAUCGUCAACAGCAUCGCCCACCAGCCAUAUGGCGGCCACAGGUGGUGGUGGUACGCUACCCAACUCAACGGCGACGAUGGGUGGGCGUGCACACAGCAGUAUGGGCAUGGCGAAUGGCAAUAAAAAGCGUCCCAUCUCGCCGGAGCAAGUGCUGCGCAUGUUUGGUGCGACGCAAUCUUCUUCAGUUCCUACAAGCAGCUAUCACUAUAGCAACGGCACAAGAGAUCGUACUGGACGCCGCAGCCCGGCGAGUAGUCCGCCCUCGACCACGCAUCAGAUGUAUCGUGAGCGAGAUCGAGAUCGUAGCAUAACGAAUAUACAUGAAUUAACCACACGUACCAUAAACAUGUCACGCGAUCAGCAGAUCGAUCAUGGUUUUGGUAUUUGUGUUAAAGGAGGAAAAGACUCAGGAUUAGGCGUCUAUAUCUCACGCAUCGAAGAGAAUUCAGUGGCUGAGCGCGCCGGCCUGCGCCCCGGUGAUACAAUCCUAGAGGUGAAUGGCACGCCGUUCACUUCAAUAAAUCACGAGGAGGCGUUAAAAAGAUGUGUGCAGAUAUUGAAAUCAUCACGUCAAAUCAGUAUGACGGUGCGCUCACCACCGACGCUCAACUCCCACGCGCCACUACAUGGCUUCGGUCCACCCUCGUCGCGGGAUCCCAUGUACGCAUCGAUGGCGCCACUACUGCCACAAUCGGCGGCCGGUUUACCGCCCGGAGCGACGAUGAUUGGCGGCGGUGGUCUACCAUUUCGUCAGACAUGUUCCUGGAUGGACCGACAUGGUCGUCCCGCUUCGCCACCCAUGGAGUAUGGUGGACGGCAUACGGAUCGUCGUGAGAGAAUUCGACGCGUAGAGCUGCUCAUUGAACCGGGUCAGUCGCUGGGUCUAAUGAUACGCGGCGGCGUUGAGUACGGCCUCGGCAUCUUCGUCACCGGCGUCGAUAAGGACAGUGUCGCAGAUCGUGCUGGCCUCAUGGUCGGCGACGAGAUACUCGAGGUCAAUGGUCAGUCAUUUCUCGACGUGACCCAUGACGAGGCGGUCAGUCAGCUGAAAUACCAUAAACGUAUGUCGCUUGUCAUACGUGAUGUUGGUAAAGUGCCACAUUCCUGUACAUCCAUAGAGAUGGAGCCUUGGGACGCGUAUAGUCCGACGGGGACGAGAGCUCGUCGAAAAGGUCAAAUAACCGCUAUGGUGGAGGAGAAAGCACGCUCGCUCCUGCCACGCCAUCAAUUCGCAAGUCUCUCGUAUUAUAUUGCUGAAUAUGCUGCGAGAGCGAUGACCAUAGAUGCCUUUGUUGCCGUCUUAUUAGAAAUGUUAGACACAUAUGAGAAACAUACGUUAGUGACGGAACUACGCGAACUUAUAUAUCCAGAGGAUCGUACGCGAUACGAUGAGCUUGUUUAUCGUAGAGAACGUGAUCCGUAUAGCGUGGAAAGGCACAGGCGUAAAGGAGAAACCGCACGUGAUUUACCGGUAAGCUUUUUAGAAGAUUUAUUCUACGAUACAGACACUAUUUACUAUUAGAUACCUAAAGGUCCAUAACUGUUUUCCGCUGAAUAUACGAAGAAAUUUAUGAAAUCGUAAAGAAAUUAACUUUAUACUCUGAACGUUAUUAUUAUUAUUAUUAUUAUUACUAUUAUUAUUAUUAGCAAAUAUACUAUUAGCCCGUAUACUAAUACAAAAGUACUCUAUAUCCAUACAAAAAUUAACACAAAUACACACACAUACUUAUACGUAUGUCAAUGCUUACUGUUUACUUAUUACAUAAUAUAAGCUGCCUUCGAUUCGUCAUUGCUCUCUCUGCUUGUUACGACUCUCAUAUCAGAAAACUUGCAUAUACAAGCAAGAACAAAGUUAUCAAGCUAAAUUCUUGAAAGAGAGUUAUCCGCCUACAUUCUUAAGUGGUAUAAACGGUAUCUUCAGUGUUGCCAAUUUUUUUGUUUUUAAUAUUUUAGAUCACUUUUACUACCAGUUGUGAAUGGGUCAAAGGACAAAUGAAAUUAAAAUAUGUUUUUUUCUUAUAUUUUUAUUAACUUAAAACUUAAAAUAAAUUUUGAUAAUUUAACUAAUUAAUUAUAAAAGUGAUCCACUUUGAGAUUCACUGCUGUUUUAAAGAAAAAAACACAGAAACUUCAAAUCUAAUGGGGAAUGUUUAUUUUCAUUCGAAAGAAAAUUCUUUGCCAUUUAUUUUUUGAAAUUCAUCUCUUUCAAAUGUUUGCCGUGGCUCAGAAUCAGAUGGACCAGCCAUUGAAUCCAAUUUUCGAUGACUCGUUCCAGUAUUUAGACUGGUGACAUGCGGAUGACACGCCUUAUGUUUUGCUUCAAGGCCGGAAUCGAAGCAGGAUUGCCCGCAUAUACCUCAUAAUUUUCAUAUUCCCACAGGAAAAAGUCUAAGGGAGAAACCAAAUGUCGUCGAGAGCACGAGUUUCAAUUUCAGGCAUCAAGUAGUCGCUUUUCAUGGCGCGAUAGUGGUCGCCGUUGACGGUUACGUUCUCACCGGCAUCAUUUUUGAUUAAAUAUGAACAGAUGAUUCCACCCAACAGUUGUUUUUUCUGGCUGAACGAAAUUCGAGUCGAAAACGUCGGAUCUUCUUGGAGCUUUCGUCAAUAAAGCGAAGCGAUAUCGCUUAGGAAGAUCGAACUGCUUCAGUUCUUACACAAGCUGUAUUUUGUACGCUUUUAAUUUAAGAUCUCGACGUAAAAUGCGUCAAGUCGUUCCAUACGGCAGUAGGAAGUGCUGCAAGCAGCGCCGAAUCGACUCUCCACGGUCUCUCACUCUCAGCUGCGGAUGCUAUAUUUUCUUCACUUUGUGCUAGUCUUGGUCUAUUCGUUCGAAUAUUGUCUAAUAAUGAAUGCUGGGUAUCUAGGUGAGUGUUGGUGUUUCGCAUAGUAUGCUCAGUGGGCCGAUUCUGUUGACCAUAAGUUAAGAGAAACGCGUAGAAUACAUUAUUUACGGAACGUGAAUUUGUGUUAUAAGGUUGAAGGAUUUGUAAGCGUUAUUCGGGCGUAAGUCUUUACGUGAUGAAAUGCGAAACAACACUUGCCCGAAAUCAUUUUUAAAACAUAAUGGCGAUGUAGCUAUGUAGGUAGAGAGACUGCGGAAUUAGGUAGAUAGAUUGGCUGUCUGCGACGCACUUAAGCUUUUAGUAGGCCCAUGGUGAAGCUACCAGGACUAAAAUUUCCUUUAAACUUUAUUCUAUUUUCACUGAACCACUCGUGUUUCUGUUCAAGUUCAUCUAUACCAAAAGUUUUAUCUGUAUUUCAAGACGUCGUCAAGAAACACUCAAUCGAUAGGAGCCAUGUUUUUCCUAUACAAAAUCUGAUGAAUACAAAAAAUUGUAUAUGCGCAAUUUUCGAGAUGUUGUCAAGAAAAGUUGUCAAAGGAAAGACUUUUGAAAAAAGUAACUCUACUUGGAUCACCCGUUGAAUACCAACAUAUAAGCUUAAAAUAACUUUUUUAACGCAAAAAAAAAAGAUAAUUUCUCCACUAUGCAAGAAUCAUAACACUAUUGCGCAUGCGUCAGCAGAUAUGUAGGCGUAAGGUUGCACCACAAGCGCUGCCCGUUUGUUUGAGCAACUGGUAUGGCUUGUUCGAUACGCUGGAGAUACGCUGGAGAGUAACGCAUCGAAGGCAGCUAAACUAACACUAACUAAUUAACUAACUGUGUAAUUUACUAAAAGGCAUGUUAACUAUACUUGUUGUUGUAAUGUAAUUGCUGUAUUAACCAAAACUAAUAACUAUAUGCUGUAAAUGUAUGUGUAACAGUUAUAAUAUAUAAAAUAUUUCUACUUUGAAAUUGUUAAUUUUUAAAUAUGAUUUCCUGACACUGUAACGAAUCUGCCAAAAUACACUAUUUAUAUGCAUAAUUUAAAACAAAUUUUAUUGUUGUUGUUUAACAAGCAGAAAUGCAGCCAAACGCUAAAUUUGUUAUAGCUUUUUCUAUUAGUUUUCACAAACUCAAUAUUGAAACACUAGAACACACAGCCUUAAAAAGUCUUUCGGAUGCUCUGCGGAAGAACACACAUAAGACAAUAAUGCAGACAAAUCAUAAAAGCAGACAAGCAAAACUAAAAAACAAAAACAAAAAUAAUACAUACACAUACAUAAAGAAACCAAAAAUAUGUCCUUACUUUUAUUAUAAUGUACACUUUAUACACUUAUUACUACAACAAAAAACAAACACACUUGCCAAGUGUUUAAUUUUUCACAAACUUUUGUUCAUAAUUCUUAAAAAAAUAUUAAAAAAAAAAUACAAUAACUCUUAAACUGUAGCAAAUGUACUAACCUAAAUAUGCCUUAAGCGCUCAGCCAGCGUGCAAAGCGUUCAUUGUCAAAGCACUAAUUAAGCGCGGCCGCAAGCCCAGCUGCAUUAGGCUUGCAUAUAAAAAAAAAUUAAUGCAAUAAUAAUUAUAAAAAAUUAUGGUUAUGGAUACCCAAGCAGUUAACAAACGUUAUAACUAUACGAAAAUACUACAAGCAAAGAAGAAAUAUUCAAUAAAGCUAUGCAAAUUUAAAGACGCCAACAAA